AGUCUGGCAUCCCUGCAUCAGUGUUCUAAUAACCCUGCAAGCAGUUAUUGCACGGACACGCGAAUCGGUAUUCUUGUGAAGAUUCGAUGAUCUAGGAGUACUGGAAUGUGUUCGGAUAUCACCAAUUGGCGUAUAGGUAUAUUGGUAUAUUCGCACGUGAAGCCUAACUAGCCAUACAGAUACAGAUAAGAAGAAGAACGUGGUCGGAUGAUCUUGACUGAUCUUGACGUAGCAGUGUGAUAUGAGGAUAUUUUAUUAAUACACAUAUUGUGUUAAAAUGGAAAUACUUGUGAAUUUUAUGGAGAAGCAUAUUCUCGAAUCGAUUUUGUUGGCGAUAUGGCUGUUGUACUUUUGGGACCUUUAUUUAAAUUUGCGUCAGAGGGGAUUGAUGCAACGAUUGAUCGAUUUACCAAAAUCUGUUGAGGGAUUAAUGGCUAAAGAUGUGUAUGAAAAAGCUCGUGCAUAUGCAUUAGAUAGAAAUAGCUUUGGUAUUGUACAAGACAUAUAUUCCAAGAUUUUUAAUAUGAUAAUCUUAAUAGCUUAUGGUUAUUAUCAUACUUGGCAAUGGAGUAUUGAAAUAGCUAAGUAUUGCGGCAUUAAUUAUGAGAAUGACAUAUUGCUAAGCGCAAUAUGUAUGUUUAUUAUAAAUAUUAUCUCUCACAUAAUUAAUCUGCCAUUAGUGAUAUAUGAUACUUUUGUUUUGGAAGAGAAACACGGUUUUAAUAAACAGACAACUGCAUUUUUUAUUAAAGAUGAAAUUAAAAAAUUUGUUGUAUCUCAAAUUAUCGCAUUGCCUCUUCUGUGUGGUAUGAUUUGGAUUGUGAAAAAUGGUGGUGAUUAUUUCUUCUGGUAUUUAUGGAUAUUAUCAGUGGUAGUUUCACUAUUUAUGAUGAUCCUAUACCCGGAAGUAAUAGCCCCAUUGUUUGAUAAGUAUUUGCCAUUACCAGAUGGCGAAUUGAAGCAAAAAAUUGAAGAAUUGGCAGCUUCUUUAAAGUUUCCCUUAUACAAGCUGUUUAUAGUUGAGGGUUCUAAAAGAUCGUCGCACAGCAAUGCCUAUCUGUAUGGUUUUCACAAACAUAAGAGAAUUGUUCUUUUUGAUACUCUUAUUAAGGGUUAUUGUAAGAAAGAUGAUAGUGAUGCUAAUAAAGAUUGCGGCUGUGAAACAAACGAGAUACUAGCAGUUCUUGCGCAUGAAUUGGGUCAUUGGAAACAUAAUCAUACCCUGAAAGGAUUUCUGCUCAGCCAGAUAACGUUUGUAGCCAAUUUUGUUAUGUUUGCAAAACUCUUACGAUAUACACCAAUGUAUAACGCUUUCGGUUUUGUGGACUCCCAGCCUAUCUUUAUUGGUCUAAUUAUAGUAACAAUGUAUAUUUUAAUACCAUUGAAUACAAUCUUUAAUUUUGUUAGCGUAGUGAUUGGCCGAAGAUUUGAAUUUCAAGCAGACGAAUUCGCUACGAGACUAGGUCACGGCGAGGCUUUGAAAGCAGCUUUGUUAAAAUUACAAAAGGACAAUUUGGGAUAUCCCUUGUUCGACAAAUUGUAUUCCAGUUGGCAUCAUUCGCAUCCGCCUAUCAUCGAGCGUUUGGAAGCGAUAGAUAAAAAAAAAUGAGACUUGAAGUCUUUCAAUUCACAUGAUUGUCAUAACUAAUUUUCAGACGUAAAAGAUGAAGUUCAUAGUAUACGGGUAUUGAUUGUAUUUAAAUUGUUUUAGUAUUUUAUAGAUUUUUUUUAAAUUCAAUUUUAUUUUGUUUUCUCAAAAUAGCGAACGUAAACAUAGCUACAAGACAAUUAUGCUUCCUGUUUCUCAUAAUGUUAAUAUGAUCAUUCAACAUCCUAUUUUUGCUUCUAUAUCCACUCGUUAAAAUUUACUCUAAUUAGAAUAAGAGAAUAGACUUUUGAUUGUAUUUUACUAUCGUUCAAUGUUUUUAUAUACUACGUGUAUAUUUUCCUAUAGCUUUGCAUUUGAUAUUUAUAUGUAUGAACGUUUUUCUAAUACCAUUUAUACAUAUAUCGGAUUUGUUGUAAAUGAUGAUCGCGGUAUUUUGUAAGAUAUUUUCUCUAUAUUUAUAGAGAUUUAUCCAAUUAAAAUAUUUCACAUAUACUUCAUUUUUUUUCAAAGACAAAAUGAUCUUUGUAUUUUAUUUACUGUUAGACCUUGUGUAUUACUAUUAAGAUCAUUAUAUUAUCAUGUAUGAUUACAACAAAUUAUGUUUAUCAUAUAUGCAUACAAAUUCUAAAGGCUACAAUAUAUUAAAGUAUACUUCCGUAUGUAAUAAAAUGUAAAUUUUGAAAUUAAUAUUCCGCUUAACAUUUUUUUUUAUAAUACAGGAAUUUGUAAAAAUAUAUUAUGCUUUUGAAUAAUUCACGUAUUUAUUCUUGUUAA